AUGGCUCUCGGUACCGUCAACAUUACGACAUUGCGUAACGCUACGGAGCCUGAACAUUUGGCUACAUUUUCGACUGUGGUUACCGGAGAAAAUGGGAGAAUGGAGCACGGGAUUCGGAGUAUAUAUGUACCUUCCAGCUGCUUCGGCUUCCAGACGGAUACCUGCGCUAUCGAACCUAUACAUUAUUCUAUUUUUGCUCGUGUUGCCGUCGUGUCUGAAUGCAUCCUCGCCAUCGCUGUGUUGUUCCCUUCCUUCAACAUGCUUUAUAAUACAACGGACGUUGAUGUAGACGUUGCGUGA